UGUUGACCGCCGCCUCUUCCGCGAUCCCUGUUCUAGCCGGCUAUCGCGGGGGCUUCCUGGAAUCCGCAGUAUGAAUCGGCUCUGCAAACAUGCGCAUGAUGAAGGCUGAGGUAUCCUCGAUACUCUUCCUUGGUGGUUCCUUCUUGGCAUGAAAUCUAGCAAUUUCUCAUGUUCUAGUCUUUGGUGGCCUUGAUGAUGCCUGUUCUUCUUUUUAUGCUUUUCUCACUGCCCAGUUGCGUUCGUGCUUCCAGUACACAAUCUCGAGGGCUUCAUCAUGGUUGAGAGUAUUGUAAUCGAAAACAAAGAUCAGGUAGCUGUGCUAGUAACCUCCAGUCUAUGUAUAGUUAUCCCGGCACUCGCUGUGGGGCUGCGGUUUAUCGCCAAAACCAUCAGAGGGGGUCACGAUUACAGCGACUAUUGCAUUGCUGCUGCUCUCCUCUGGAACAUAGGGCUACAUACAAGCUGCAUACUGAUGGUAACCCAUGGUGGGCUUAGUUUCCAUCUAACUGAGAUAUAUGCUCGCUUUAAUCAGGACACUGCAGUCUUCUUCUUCAAGGCCAUCUUUUCAUUUUCGUUUCUGUGGAAUGCUACAGUCUUUUUCAGCAAGAUAUCAGUGCUACUGAUGUACGUCACCAUAAUACCGAUACCUUCAAUGAUCACAUGGGCCAGAGCUAUAGGUGGCUUAAUCUUCCUGUGGAACACGUCCAACAUCAUUGCUGCACUCCUUAUCUGCCGACCGCUCUCCAAAAAUUGGAACUUUGCCAUGCCUGGAACCUGUGGUAGCCAACCAGCUUUCUAUUCCGCCAUGGGAAUCGUAAAUCUCAUAGCAGAUGGCGCUAUCAUUGUGCUACCUAUGCCUUACCUAUAUCGACUGCAACUCGCUACGGGAAGAAAGAUUCUCGCCAUGGCCUUACUGGGCAUUGGUAUUGGAACCUGGGCUAUCACUAUCUACAGACAGAUCGUACUACCGUCGCUAAACUUCAUGGACAUGCCCUACAGUGGGACGCUUACCACAAUCUUAUCCGGCAUGGAACCCGCUGUUGCCAUAGUGCUCGCAUGCGUUCCGCUCAUGCGGCCUCUAUUCAAAAAAAUCAGUUCUAGAGUGGACAGCAGCCGAUCGGGCUAUAACACAGGCGAGCUCAGCCGGGGUUACACAAUACAGAAAAGAGGGGGCCGCGAACACUCCACAGAUAUUAGUAAUCUAUUUGAGGAUGAUGAUGACAAUAAUUCUCAGGUCCAAUUGCAGCUUAUAGAUGUAUCAAAGGCAGGCAUUCCAACCAUAUCACAUGACGCAGAAGGUCCAGCGAUGCCACACUAUAGCAGGGCUAUAUCUGUCGAAAAAAGUUGGGCCGUUAAUUUAGAGUAACAAUAGUAGGCAGCAGAACAGAUCCUGUAGCAUCUGUAGAGUUAAGAAAUUUCAUCGUAAU